AUCAAAUUCAUUUAAACAUAACAACACAAGAAGAGAACCAUAAUUAAGCAAGCGACAUAUACAUAAUACAUAAUUGAUGAUUGAUAUGGGUUCUUCAUCAGUAAUAGAAGGUGAAGUUACACUUCCAGGAUUCAGGUUUCACCCUACUGAAGAAGAGCUCCUUGAUUUCUAUCUCAAGAACAUGGUCGUUGGAAAGAAGCUCCGUUUCGAUGUCAUCGGCUUCCUCAACAUCUAUCACCAUGAUCCCUGGGACUUGCCAGGAUUGGCUAAAGUGGGAGAGAGGGAAUGGUAUUUCUUUGUGCCUCGGGACAGAAAGCAUGGCACCGGGGGAAGGCCAAACCGGACCACCGAGAAAGGGUUCUGGAAAGCAACCGGUUCCGACCGUAAGAUCGUUACCUUGUCUGAUCCGAAGCGCAUAAUUGGAUUGAGGAAGACACUGGUUUUCUAUGAGGGAAGAGCUCCACGUGGAUCCAAGACCGAUUGGGUCAUGAAUGAGUACCGUUUACCUGACAAUUGCCCCUUGCCUAAGGACAUAGUGUUAUGCAAGAUAUAUAGGAAGGCGACUUCGUUGAAAGUGUUGGAGCAAAGAGCAGCAAUAGAGGAAGAGAUGAAGCAAAUGGUAGGUUCCCCUGAAUCCACACCUUCCUCCACAGACACCAUGUCCUAUGAAGAACAACAACAGAAUCAGAAUCAGAAUCAGAAUCUGCAAUUGUUACCACCACAACAUGUUGUUACUAAGAAAGAGGUUGAAGCUGAACUUGAAGAGGAAAAAAUGGUACAUGUUACAUUGGCAACAACAAAGCAAGAAAACAAGGACACAACAAAGAACAAUAAAAGUAGUUGUUGUGGUAACACAAACACUAACAGUAACACAAGUAGUCUUCAAUUGCCAUUUGGGAAGGAUAAGAUCCCAGAGCUUCAAAUGCCUAUGAUGAUCACUGAUUGGACCCAAGACACAUUUUGGGCUCAAUUGAAUAGUCCUUGGCUCCAAAACUAUACCUACUCCAACAUAUUAAACUUCUAGUAAUAUUAUCAAUCCAAACUUCCAAACCAUUCACUUCAAGUGCAACUUAAUUAGUUAUUAUUUAUUACCUAUUUUAUUUAUUUUGGAAUAUGUAUAUGCAGUGAAUUAAUUAAUUAAUAACAUAAGUUAUCUACCUCAUUUAUUUAAUUUAGGGCAGGUGUUUAUUCAAGUUUAACAAAAAUUGUGCCAAGCUGUAACUUAUAGUGGACCCUAUACCCUAUUUUUAGUGGGAUUUAUUGGCUUAUUUAUUUGGCCAGUUUCAUCACUGUAUAGGGAGGGAAAUUCGGGUUGUAAAGUUUAUUGUUAUUGUCUCAGCACAAUAAUUUUGUGAUUUAUUUAUUAUGUAAGUUACUAUGAAAUUUCUUUAGUUCUUUUACUUGAA